CAACCACCGUCUCAGAGCCCUCGCUCGAAACCCCCCCUCCCCGCACCUAGCUAGCCGGCCUUCCUGAGCACCACGUCUUUGGUGGGUAGAGGGGGGAGAGGGAGGGAAGUGACACAUCCACCCCCGUCGCGUUGAAAAUAUUUGCGCUCGCCAGGACCUACGCCUCGGGUGUCCAGCGGGCGUCCAAGUCACUGUCAUCUGUCCAAGCGCACGGCGGCGGUGGCGCGGGCUGCGUACUUCUCGUCACGGCUUCGUCUGCACCUCUUCAGAGGGGAUUUUACUCAGAAGCAGAUUUGUUUUUAAGCACCCGCCGGCAGCCCCGUGGAGGUAGAGGGACGCUUGAGCUGCGACGCCUUCUCCUAACCGACGGACGCCACUCGCAAAAGGUGGGAAGCCCCUGAGGCUCCCUAAGCCGCCCAAGCGCAAUGAGAAGCCAGCCGCGCCAACCAGCUGGCCUCCUUGCCGUCGUCGCGCUCUCCCUCCUCCUCCACCUCGUGCUCCCAUCGGCGUUCCGCCCGUGCUGCGCGCUGGCGCUCGGCGACUCGGCGCCGGCGUCGGACGGUGACGGCGGUGGCGACGGUGACGGCGGUGGCGACGGUGUUCGGGCCGGGGGUCCAGCGCUCGGCGGCGGCUGGGACUGCACGGGGGUGGAGUGCGUGGAGGACGAGCGCUGCGUGGAGGAGACGCUGGAGCCCGGCGCCUGCUGCGCCACGUGCCUGCGCCACGGCUGCGCCUGCCGCGGUUACCAGUACUACGACUGCGUGGCCGCCGGGUUCACCAACGGCAAGGUCCCGGAAGGGGCUUCCUACUUCGUCGACGAUGGCAGCACGGAGUGCCGGUGCCCAGCAGGGGGCGGCUCCAUCGACUGUCGCUUCAUGCCGUGCCCUGAGCUGCCGGCGGGCUGCGUGGACGUGCGGGCGCCGCAAGACGCGUGCCCCGAGUGCGCGCGCCUCGGCUGCGUGGCACCCGACGGCCGCGAGUACGACGCCGGCUUCACCGUCCGCCUGCCCGACUGCCGUGUGUGCCACUGCCCGGACGUGGGCGGGGAGCUCCUGUGCUACCCGGAGCCCGGAUGCCGAUCCGGCGGAGAUGGCACCGAGCGCGGCGACGACGACGACCACGACCGUGACGGCGACGACAAGAGCAGCAGCGACGACGAGAACGGUGGCGGUCACACAGGAGGGGCUUCGCCGGCUGGCGGAGUCUCCCGGGCGAGCGCGGAACGUCUCCCGCCACUCGUGCUGCCACUCUACAAGGACGGCACAGCGCUCGAUGGAGAACCGAGAGGUGCUGUCGAGAGCGUGACACCAACGCCGGAGCCGCCGGUGCCGGCCGGAGGAUUGAAAGACGGCGGCGACAGCGGGCGCGCGCCGCAAACCUGGCUCAGGUAUAGCCCGACCCCCGCGUCGGUUAUUCUCCCCUUGCACGGAGACGGAACAACGGCGCCCAGGAAGCAGGCGCAACACGGUGGGGCCGGCGGGGAGGAUGGGCAGAGUGGGGAGGAGGAGGAGGCCGACCGCGUGGAAGAGAAGACUACUGCCCUGGAGCGAGGCAGGAACCGAACCUUCUCUGAAAAGGUCGGCACAGUCAAAGCCAGCAACAAGGAGGCGUCAAGACCAUCGUCUAAACCGUCGCCGAAAUCACCGUCGAAGUUCAAAGCCACGAAGGCGCCCAAAAGGUCACGAGCGAACGGGGAAAAGCACCCCCUGGAGACUCGCCGCGGCGACCUUCACGACGCGAGGGAGCGGAAGUCUGGCGCGCUGGGCAACAAGCGCAAGCAGGCCGAGGCGCGGGCCCAGCUCGAGGCGAGGGGACAGCGAGGCACGUGGAGGCCCACGCGGCCGCCCCCACCUCCGACGGGGGCCCCCCAUCCGGAGGUGACCGCACCACCGCCAAGCGGAGCCAGCCCCGCGGUGUUGCCAGUAACCUCACCGGAGGAGCUCAUCCACAGCUGCUGCGCGGCGGGGCAGCAGUGGGCAGCCGAGACGGGUCGCUGCGGGAACAUCCCCAUGUCCGGGGCACAGGGGGCAGACGACUGCAGGGUGGUGCAGGAGCAGUGCUGCAUGGCCUUUCUGCACGACGCCAAUUGCCAGGCGGGGGUGGUGGCGGCUCGCAGUGGGGGCACCUGCACAUCGCUCGCCAACGACGUGUGCGAGGCCAACCUCUACAAGCAAUGCUGCGACUGCUGCUCGCUGGGCAUGCGCGCGCGCAUCCGCGGGCACGGCUGCGGCGACGUGCCGGCGCUGGGCCACGCGUGUAGCCGCGUGUUCCGCGGCUGCUGCGAGGAGGCCCAGAACCUGAUCCCCCUGCCGGGGGAGGGCGCCGGGCCACGCCGACCGCGCCAGCCCGAGACCGCCACGGACGCGCAAGCGCUGGCGGGCGGCGCCGGCUUCGGCGAGACGGAGGCGGGGGCGGCCGACGACCUGGACGAGUGCACGCUCUACCCAGGGCAGCUGUGCCAGCAGCUCUGCGUCAACACUGCCGGAUCGUUCCGCUGCGCCUGCUUCUCUCGUCACCGGCUGCAGGCCGACGGACGCUCCUGCUUGCCCGACAACGAGGAUCGGGGGGACCGACUGGAGCUGCACCAGGGGCAGAACCACGUGGACAGAUGCCAAGGCGGGGGCCCCUGCUCGCAGCAGUGCCACGACACGGGCUUGGCCGCCGUGUGCUCGUGCUUUGCGGGCCACGAGCUCAAAGAGGAUGGACACACCUGCCAAGACGUGAACGAGUGCCUGGUGGAGUCACACACGUGCCUGCCUGGCCAGCGUUGCGUGAACACGGUGGGCUCCUUCCAGUGCGAGCUCAACGUGCCCUGCAUUCCUGGUUUCCAGAUGGGCUUCGACAACCAGUGCACGGAUGUGGACGAGUGCUUGACAGGCAGCCACAGCUGCGGCCCCAGCAACGAGUGCCAGAACACGCAGGGCUCCUUCCUGUGCCGACCUCGAAAUCACUGCGGAGAAGGUUUCACCAAGGACCUCGUGGGCAACUGUGCCGACAUUGAUGAGUGCUCAUCCGGCUCGGCGCCGUGCCGCCCUGGCUUCAACUGCAUCAACACGGUGGGAUCGUUCACCUGCCAGAGGACGCUCAUCCUAUGUGGGCGCGGAUACCACGCCUCCCCCGAUGGAGUCCGAUGCGUGGACGUGGAUGAGUGCUCGACGGGUGUGCACACGUGCGGCGAAGACCAGUUCUGCCAGAACGCUCCGGGCACCUAUCGCUGCGACUGCCGCACGGGUUACGAGUUCGACGUGCGAACACGCACCUGCGUCGACGUUAACGAGUGCUGGAAGUACCCGGGGCGGCUGUGCGCACAGACGUGCGACAACACCGAGGGCUCCUUCCAGUGCUCGUGCGGCGAGGGAUUCAGGCUGGCGGCCGAUGGCAAGAACUGCGAGGACAUUGACGAGUGCUCCAGCGGCCUGUGCGGCCAGGAGUGCAGCAACACGUACGGCUCCUUCCAGUGCUACUGCCUGCCGGGCUACGAGCUCAGCACCGCCGACCACACCACGUGCCAAGACGUGGACGAGUGCUCGCUGCCCGAGGCGGAGGGGCUGUGCGCGUUCCGCUGCGUGAACACCGAGGGCAGCUUCCAGUGCGAGUGCCCCGACACUGGCUACACCCACUCUCCCAACGGACGAGGCUGCCGAGACGUGGACGAGUGCGCGCUGGGCAGCCACAACUGCUCCUCCGACCAGACCUGCUACAACAUCCAGGGCAGCUUCCGGUGCCUCUCCUACGACUGCCCGCCGAACUACCGCAGGGCGUCGGACACGCGCUGCGAGCGGAUCUCGUGCCACGACUACCUGGGCUGCGCCGACGCUCCGGCGCGCAUCACCCACUACGCGCUCACGUUCCCCGACAGCGUGCGCACGCCCGCCAACAUCUUCCGCAUCGGGCCCUCGCCGGCCUUCGCGGGCGACAGCAUCCUGCUGUCCAUCCCGUCCGGCAACGAGCUGGGCUACUUUGCGACGCGCAAGCUCAACUCGCACACGGGCGUCGUGAUGCUCCGACGGCCCGUCGUAGGCGGAGCGCACGACUUCCUGCUCGAGGCGGAGAUGAAGCUCUUCCGCCAGGGCACGGUCACGAGCUUCGUGGCCAAGAUCUUCGUCUUCAUCACCACCAGCCCCUUCCCGACGCACACCACCACGUACUUUCUGGAGUAGCCGGCCGGUCUCCCUCGGUCGCUCUCUGAUGAGCUGUCCACCGUGCCUGGUGGUGGUUGGGGGAUGAGGGGGGGGGGCGGCAGCUGUCGGAUGUGGGAGGAUGAGGCCGCGGGGAUGAGCUCGGGUGUACGGAGAGCAACAGUUGUCCACCCGGAGAGGGAUGAAAAGUUGUAAUUGGUGCUCGCGAUCACCGCUGGGGUGGAUGGGGGGGUGAGUCUUAUCCAUCUAUAUAGCGUCAUCCUCAUAACCGAGGGUCGAUGUGCAUGACAGACGAAUAACCAUAUACGACGAUCGUCGGCGUCUCUCGUCGAGAGUCCGACUGCUCACGCUGUGCCACCAGCUGAUCCGCUCCGUCCUCUUGCCCUCUAUCCCUUCGGCCCUUGACCGUGACACGAGUAAGCAAUGUGAGCGAGUGAGCGAUGUGAAACGAUAGUGGGGGAGAUUACGUCGACCCCUCCGAUGCAAG